AAAAGAAAAGGUGAAGGAGGUUGAACCAAAAUGAAGCAGCAUCACAACAGCAAACCUCCCACCUUCCACCCAACUCAAAAUCCCAAUCUCAAUCUCAAUCUCAAUCUCAAUCUCAAUCUCCCCCAACACUAACCCCACCCCCGCAAUAUCUGCCUCCACACUUCCCAUCCCCCAAAUUCAUGGGAAGAAGAAGAAGUAGAAGAUGAAGAAGCUCAAGAAAUACUACCUCCAGCUCAAACACCCCCACAAAAUGGAGCGCAAAUGGAUCUUCCCCCUCGCCAUCGGCUCCGUCCUCUCCCUCUUCCUCCUCUUCCUCACCACCCUCGCCUCCCCCGACGGCCUCCCCUUCUUCCCCCUUCGCCGCUACUACUCCUCCGCCUCCUCCUCCUCCGCCGCCUCCAUCUUCGUCGAGUCGCGCCUCCACCCCCUCCCCGUCCCCGACCUCCCGCCGCCGCCGCCGCGCUUCGCCUACUUGAUCUCCGGCUCCGCCGGCGACGGCGCGAUGCUGCGCCGCACGCUCGAGGCGCUCUACCACCCGACGAAUCAGUACGUGGUGCACCUCGACGGCGAGAGCUCCGCGGAUGAGAGGCUUGAUCUGCUCAAUUACGUCACUGCGCAUCCGAUUUUCAGCAGAUUUGGGAAUGUGCGGAUGAUUACCAAGGCUAAUUUGGUCACUUACCGCGGCCCGACGAUGGUGGCGAAUACGCUUCACGCCGCUGCGAUUUUGCUCAGGAAGGGUGGGGAGUGGGACUGGUUUAUCAAUCUCAGUGCUUCUGAUUAUCCACUGGUUACUCAGGAUGAUCUGCUGCAUACGUUUUCGUUCUUGCCAAGGGAUCUCAAUUUCAUUGAUCACACAAGUAACAUUGGCUGGAAAGAGUUUCAGAGGGCGAAGCCUGUGAUCAUUGAUCCUGGGCUGUAUAUGACAAAGAAGACUGAUGUGUUUUGGAUCACACAGAGGAGAAGUGUGCCAACUGCUUUCAAGCUCUUUACAGGCUCUGCUUGGAUGGCACUCUCUCGACCUUUCAUCGACUACUGCAUAUGGGGAUGGGAUAACUUGCCCCGAACAGUCCUCAUGUACUACGCAAACUUCAUAUCUUCACCAGAAGGCUACUUCCACACAGUCGUUUGUAAUGCUCCCCAAUUCAAAAAUACCACCGUGAACAGCGACCUUCACUUCAUAUCUUGGGACAACCCUCCAAAGCAGCACCCGCACUACCUAACUGUCGAUGACAUGCAAAGAAUGAUCGAUAGUAACGCUCCAUUUGCUAGGAAGUUCCAUCAUGACGACCCGGUGCUGGACAGGAUUGACUCUGAACUUUUGCUCCGGGGCAAAGACAUGCUUGUCCCUGGUGGCUGGUGUGCAGGUAGUGGCGAAAACGGGACGGACCCUUGUUCUGUUGUGGGUAAUGUCACAGUUCUGAGACCAACAUCCGGUGCACAGAGAUUGGAAAAGCUUACUAGUUUCCUCUUGUCGGAUAAUAAUUUCCGACCAAGGCAGUGCAAAUAGCAAAAAGCAAAUCUUCUCGAUGGCCAUUUUGUUUAUGGUGUCAUGAAAAGUAGAUGGCAAGAUGGGAUACAUAUUAUAUUUCAGUUAGGAGGAAAAAACUACUCAGAGCUCAAAUUUAAGUUCUAAUUAGUAUUCAUCACGAAGAAAUAGAGAAUGGGACCGUUCUUUUUAUGAUAGUACACGUUGUCAUGACCCUCGAUUCUUGAUCUUGAUGAUAACUUGUAGUUUUGAGGUCCUUGCAGUCUCUGUAUCAGCAACGGGAUGUCGUGGCAAGAAGGGGAUGCGUACGGAACUUCUCUUGUCGUGCAUUGCAUUAUCCUGGUACCAUUUUGCUUUCAUUUAAACACUAGUACGCUAUAUAUAUAAGAGUAAACGAGAGGUACGCAUCUUUGUUUAUUCGUAUGUUGUCUGUAUGUGUAUACCGUUUGAUAACAUUCUCAAUGAUCAAAAUCAUUUACUUCUUGCA